GAAAGAAGACAGAGCCACUCUCUCUCCCCCUGCUGAAAACGGAGCGCAGCCGCCUCAUCCCAGCUUUGAUUUACGGCACCCGGCAGCCAGCGCCAGUCAUCAGCCGUCCACCUGAGCUCUGCAAGUCACUUUGAAGGAGGAUUUCUUUUUCCUUGCUGCUGAAGUUUUCACACAGCCAAAUCUCAAGAAGAGCGUGGGCUCCGUUCCAAUUCAUUAAAGCUGAUAUUAUAGAUGCAGAAGGGUGUGUUCCGGACCAGCCUCCACCCACUCACCUGUCCCACCUGAGUUUGAGAGCAUCACCACCAUCACUACCACCCUAACUGACCAGGAUGAGCUUUAUUUCCACGCACUGGCUGAGGGGCGUGUUCCUGCUCCUGGUCCUGCUGCUCCAGACGACCACUUCCAUGAUGAUGCUUCCAAACUCCACCGGCUGGGAGGGGAUCCUGGACAAAUAUCUGGACGAGGAGGGCGACUGGUGGGAGGCCAAGCAAAGGGGGAAGAGGGCCAUAACAGACAGCGACGCUCAGCUCAUCCUUGACCUGCACAAUAAGCUCAGAGGCCAGGUCUACCCUCCUGCUUCCAACAUGGAGUACAUGGUGUGGGACACAGAGUUGGAGCGUACAGCAGAAGAGUGGGCAGAGACGUGUCUGUGGGAGCACGGUCCGGCCGGCUUACUGCCUCAGAUCGGACAAAACCUGGGAGCCCACUGGGGAAGGUAUCGUCCACCUACGUUCCAUGUGCAGGCCUGGUAUGAUGAAGUGAAAGACUACUCCUUCCCCUACCCUCAGGAGUGUAAUCCUUACUGCCCCUUCAGAUGCUCCGGCCCAGUUUGCACUCAUUACACACAGCUCGUGUGGGCCACCAGCAGUCGGAUCGGCUGUGCCAUCAACUUGUGUUACAACAUGAAUGUGUGGGGGCAGAUUUGGGCCAAAGCCGUCUAUCUUGUCUGCAACUACUCGCCAAAGGGAAACUGGUGGGGUCAUGCUCCUUACAAACACGGGACCCCAUGUUCUGCUUGUCCGCCAAGCUAUGGUGGAGGCUGCAAGGACAACCUCUGCUACAAAGAUGACAGCUCCAACUCUCCACAAGAGGAAACGGAAGAAAACAACUUCAUUGAGCCAGAGGCCCCCCGUACUCCACAGAAGCCCCGAACUCGGACCUCUAAGCCAGAACCUCCCAACCUCCCUGCCCCAGCCCCCACCAAGCCCCCUACAGAGGACUUGCAAAAGAAUGAAGUGGUCAACACACAGCAGAUGUCGCAGCUUGUGACCUGUGACACUAAGCUUCGAGAUCAGUGUAAAGGAACACCGUGUAACAGGUAUGAGUGUCCAGCUGGAUGCCUAGACGCUACGGGAAAAGUAGUUGGGACAGUGUACUAUGAAAUGCAAUCAAGUGUGUGCAGAGCAGGUCUACAUGCCGGUGUCAUAGAUAAUGAUGGAGGAUGGAUGGAUGUGAGCAGACAAGGAAGAAAGGACUUUUUCAUCAAAUCUAACAAGAAUGGAGUGCAGUCUUUAGGUAAAUACCAAAGUGCUAAUUCCUUCACAGUGUCCAGAGUAACAGUUAAAGCCAUCACAUGUGAGACCACAGUGGCACAACUGUGUCCAUACCAAAAGCCUGCAAGACACUGUCCAAGGUUAUACUGUCCACGAAGUUGUAAGGAGGAGAACCCCCACAUUUCAAGAGUAAUAGGCACCAGAAUAUACUCUGACAGGUCCAGUAUAUGCAGAGCGGCGGUCCACGCUGGGGUCAUCAGGAACGAUGUAGGUGGUUACAUUGAUGUGAUGCCGGUGGACAAACGAAGGCAUUAUAUCGCUUCAUUCCAAAAUGGGAUUACCUCUGAAAGCCUUCAAAACCCUCCUGGAGGGAAGGCGUUCCGGGUGUUCGCUGUGAUUUGAGUGGCCCCAGAGGGCAGCUUCAACAAACAGAAAGCACACUUGGGCUGUUGAAUAGGUGGUAAUCAAGCCCUGUUGUCAAACUCAAUGACUGAAAUGUUUCUUGUUUUGCUACACUCCAGGGGUUGAAGGUCGUUGCCGUGACAACACAAACCAAGCAACACAAACACACACCAUAUGAGUCCGGUACACACUCACAUGGAGUUCUCAUCCGUAGCGGUACAUUUUAUAUACUGUAAAUACUGUAUCUCUGACUGGUUUGCGAAUAUUUUGUUGUACAUAUUUGUCAAUAAUAUUACUUUUUUUUUUGUCUUUGUGCCAUUAUCUUGCCCUUUUAACAAAUACCUGUUUAUGAAUACUGAUUAUAGGAAUCCUAUGAUGUAACAUUAUAAUGGCACUUAUGGAUGAAUAUCAUUUUUAUUGUCUGGCACAUUUUUACUGGUGCUCUUGAAAGGUAUUUUGUCAUAUUUUGUACUUUUUUAUGAUUGGGGGAAAAAUGUUAUGCUUUAUUUUUAUAUGAUAAUGCUUUAUAUCAGUAUGGUAUAUAAAGGAUGCUGCUAUAUGUGUGUGUUCUAUUGUUGAAAUGUCAGUGUCGUGGUUUUAAUUGGUUAAUGGUUUAUUGCAGAUGAUUUUGUUUAGUUUAACUCCCUGCAGGCCAGGAAGUACACUCACCUGUCUGACUUUUGUGUCCCAAACACCGAAGCAUUUUAUUUCACUCAGCGUUGCUACUAAAAUGACAGUUCCAGGUCAUUUUUUAUUCAUGUUCAUUUGAUCUGUUUUAACAGAAACAUGAUGAUAAUUAAUAUACCUGAUGUGUGUUCUUGUCCAGCAUUCAUUUAAGCUGCAAUCAUCACCGUAAUGGAUAAUUAAUUGUACUGGUGUCUUUAUUGUGCAUUACAUAUAUAGAUAUAUAUUUUCCUACCUCAGGUUGUUAGGAAAAGUUCAAAUAAAAUAUUACAGCCAAACUCUUCUCUCAGAUGUUCA